UUGACAUUGACAUUGAUGUAGAGGAAUUGAUUUCAUUACUUCACUUAUAUUUAGUUGUUGGAAUAAGAUUUGUAUUUGUACAUAAUUUGUACAUAGCUGUAUAGCAUGAGUACGACAGUAGGCACCUCGCGUGCUACUAACAUCAGAUCUACUAAAGAUAAACUAGCCAGUAAACAGAUGACACAAAGCACAAAUAGACAGAAUGAUGGUGGGGGAACACCAACUAUUCCCAAAGACAAAUAUCAGCCGACACAAGAACAGUUAAAUAUUGCUCACCUCACCACAAAUAGUAAAGAUGAUGAAUUGAUAAAGAAGAAAAUAAAUCAGUUGGUGGAAAUGACAGGUAAAAAUGAGGAACAGGUAGCAGUAGCAUUAUUAGAUUGUGGAGAUGAUGUAGAGAGAGCAGCUUUACUGUUAUUAGAAGGUGGUGAAAGUAAUGAACAGGGUGAAUGGAAGAGUCAAGGAAAGAAGAAAAAGCCAAAAAAUGCCACACCACUUCCCCCACCUCAAAAAAAUGAUCACGCACAGAAUCACUCAUCAGAGAAGCCUGAAUACAAACGUGAUAGAAGUAGGGACAGGGACCAAGAUUCUUCAGACAGAUAUGAUGGAUCUUCUCGACGUGGUCGUAGUAAUAGAAAUGGUGCUCCUCCACCAAGGUUUGCUAGGGGACGUGGACGUGAUAGAAAUUUUUAUGGUGGUGAUAGGAGUAAUGAAAAUGGAGAAGAUAAUCGAGAAAAUGGCUUUGAUAAUCGUGAUAGAAGUGGUGGACGAGGAAGGGGUAGAGGUGGAUUUGGAAGACGUGGUCGUGGAAGGGGAGGUCGUGGUGGUGGUUCAGGUGAUUUUGGUGGUGAAUUUAACAGUACAAGUAAUGAUAAGUCACCUAAAUUUGAUAAAGGACCACAGAUUGAUACAUGGACAAAUGAAACAGCUGAAAUCCAACAAAAGGAACCUGCAGGGUGGGGAUCAACGUGGGGUGCUGAAGACUGGAAUGAAGAUUCAUGGACUGGAAAUUUGAAUGAAACUCAAGUAUUCACAUCAUCGCGUACCCAGGAGGAACAACCCUCGUCAACACAACAAAAUGAUACCAGUUCCAUUGUUGGACAGAGGUUAGAUUUAGGUAUGCUUUUACAAAAACCUAAUGAAAUCCAACAACAACCUAAACAACAAUCUUUUAACAGUAUGUCCCAGUUUAAUCAACAAGCUACAGAAUCUAUUAAAAACUGCAUAGGGAUUGGUGCAUCCCGUCCUUCGAAUCUCCAAACAAGUCAGUCUCUAGGACCAGUUGGUUCAUUAUCCCAGAGUGUUCAAUCAAAUAGUAUCCAGUCUCCAUCAUCACAGACUGGACAAUCGACUCUGGCUGGACAACAGGCACUACAACAGAGACAGGCUAAAAUACAGAGAAGUAAACUACCACCUCCAUCUAAGAUUCCAGCUUCAGCAGUUGAAAUGCCUGGCCACAGAAUGCCAAUGUUGGAUGUUCAGUUUGGUGUGGACUUUGGUUCUAAUAAUGAGUCUGCUGCCACAACAUUGUCAUUUGGUGGAGCUGACAGUACAGUAACCAGAUUACCUACAUCAGUUACUAAUAGUCCACCAUCUUUGAACAAUCACCUACCAAUGAAUACUGCUAACAAUACAGCUGAUUCUAUAACAUCCGCUAUAAUGGCAUCUCCGUCUGCUGGGAGUAGUGCAGGUGUUAUAUCUGGAUUAGACCAGUCAUCAAGAUCAACCAGUUUGUUCCAGAGUUCAGCCUAUUCAUCACCACCUAAAAAUGAAUCGCAAUCUGUGCUCACACAGAAUAAGAUGAGUCCACCUGAAUCUAUACCAUUCCCAAGUGAACACAAGUCAAGUCCAUUGGUCAACCAGAGGACAGUCCAACCAUCUGCCAAUUCUAUAGGUCAGGGUUCACUAUCAAACAGUCAAGAUUCAGCAAGUUUAUCAUCAACAUUUGGCCAAUCAGCUGGUAGCUAUCAAUCUGGAUCUUAUCAGGGACACAAAUCAUCUAACUUGCCUGGCUCUCAAUCAUCCUACACUCAUACUACCAACUCACAAAGUAGUAGCUAUCAGAGUCCGUAUCAAUCUAGUCAGAACCAGUAUCAAUCCAGCUCAAGCCAGUAUCAAUCGUCUCAGAAUCAGUUUGGACAGACUUCAAGUCAAACACCGUAUCAAUCCUCUCAGAAUCAGUAUCAGUCGUCAAGUGGACAAAAUCAGUAUCAGAGUGGUCAAAAUCAAUUCCCAUCUGGACAACAAAGUUACUCGAAUUAUCAGUCUGGUUCAUCAUUCCAAUCUCAAUCAGGUUACUCUCCAAACCAAUCAAAUACAAGUUCCUUGUAUCAGAAUUCCGCUCAAGCCAGUGGUGCAUACCCAGGACAGUCCUCAAAUCAGUCAGGUGGUGCGUAUCCAGGACAGAAUUCAUCAACUGGUAGUGGUGCAUAUUCAGGACAAUCUUCAACACAGGGCAGUGGUAGUUACUCUGGGUCUAGUGCAUCUCAGAACACUGGUUCUUAUUCGGCACAAAAUGCUGCACAAAGUGGAUCUUAUGCGGGACAAAGUGCAUCGCAAAGUAGUGGAGCCUAUCCUGGACAGGGUGCGGCUCAGACCAGCGGUGCUUAUUCAGGACAAAGUGCAUCUCAAGGCAGUGGGGCCUAUUCUGGACAAAGAGAAACUCAGAGCGGUAGUGCCUACUCUGGACAAUCAAGUUCUUAUCAUAUGAGAGACUCUCAAUCUUCAAAUAGUGCUAAUACAAAUCAAUAUCAGACUCAAUCACCAGGACUUGCUACAUCUCCAGCUCCCAAUCAGACGGCUUUCAGUGCUCAGACCUGUCAGUCAUUCAAUGUUCAGCCAUCACAAACUCAAACUGGUUAUAGCAGUCAAGCUGGACCCAGUCAAAGCAACUAUAGUGCUCAGUCCUUUAGUGGAUCCUCAACUCUUCAGACUUCUCCAUUAACUACGUCCAAAUUAGGAGAUAGUUUGACCAAAAUGACCUUGAAGGAUUCUAGUAUGGACAGUCAUGUGACCAAUCAGUAUGACCAUUCAUCAACAUCAACUCCGAGCUUAGCAGCAACUACAUCAACACCUUCAUUAUCAGGUGUCUCUGUUAAUUCUGUUAGCUCAACAUCAAUUUCUGCAGUAACAACAACAGCAAGUUCAAGAAUGUCCUCUAUGAGCUCUAAUACUUCAAAAGCUCCACCCAAUUUGCCUCCUGGUGUACCCCUGGUAGGAACACCACAGUAUAUAAUGGGACAAGCUGGUGCUGUGCCAUCUUUCUACAGUCCACAACAAUUCUAUGGGUAUGAAGAUCAGAUGCAACUCUUGCAACAGAGAGUGCCACUUGCUAACAACUAUUAUGAUAUGACAGCAGCAGCCACAUAUCAAGUACCAUCCUCAUUGUCUACAGCAGGAAGGGAUCAGGCUUCACUGGUAACCUCAGAUAGUAGUAAAUUAAAUCGUGUUGAAGCCCAGUCUCCAAAUCCUUCGACACAACAACAGACUGGUCAGUCUGCCCAUCAACCAUUCUUCUAUGGUUAUUACUAUCCUCAAGUUUUACCUGGAAAUGGAUUUCAAAUUCCUACCAUGUAUCCAAUGCCUGCUGUGACAAAUACACCCCAUGCCAGUACUACUGCAACUACUCAGUUUCAGAAAACAUUUGGAUCUCAUGGAUAUGGAACAAAAGCUUAUGAUGAAUUGAGCCAAGUUCCAGAUUUUACUAAAACAGCUUAUGGUGUUACUCCAUCUCAGACUAAAGUUACUGCAGGCACCAGAUCAGGUGAAUUGGCAGGUUCGAGCUAUACUAAAUCACAUUCACAGGCAUUUGAUAAACAGGGAUUCCAUGCUGGAACACCUCCACCAUUCUUACCACAUGGAACAGCCAAUCAAACGGGACCACUAGGAACUCCAACCAAUCCAUAUGCUGCAACUGGUCCUUUUGUUCAGAUGGUAACACCACACAAUCAGUUGCUACAUCAAAUCCAUCAGGAUUCAUCAGUCUCGAAUCGUAUGUCCCAGCAAUCUAGCUCUCAUACUAAAUCUGGUGGAUCAAAGGGCUAUGGUAGUGGAGCCUAUUGGGGUGCCAGUUAAAUCUUGAAUCUGGUUGUGUCAGAAAAACAUCAGUGAUCAAUAUUUUGAAUGGGGAUUUUUUUUUCGCGUUGUAUUGUCUGUUCUAUAUUUAUCUUGUAAAUUGAUAUCUUUUUGUGUCCCCCUAUUGUACAGUUAUUAAGAAGGGAAGCCCUGUUUUGUUAAGGGAGUCUUCAGUGAAACAUUAAUUUUUUGAAUUAUAUUAAAACCAUAUAUAUUAAUAGAAAGAUUAAAUCUUUAUUUGUUGCUACUUGCUUGGGAAAUGUGGGAAAACCCCGUCUAUUUUGACAAUUUUGCUGCUUGGUUAGCCUAAAAGAAUAAAAUAAAAGGUGAAAUAGUGAGACUAAAAAGUCUACCAUGAAAUUGUAUAUCAAUAUUUAUUUGUGUUGUAGUGGAAUAUUAACUAUCAUAGAAGACAGAUAUUUGUACAGUCAUUAAUUUGCAGUUUAAUUUUUUUCAUUUUAAGAUUUAUUCUAUGUAUGUUUAUGAUGAAUUUGUUGUCAGGUUUUCUAGUAAUCAACUUAAACAGUAUGAGGGCUAAGUCAGAAAGACAAACAUUUUGUAGAUUUGUUGUUGGUGCCUUAAUUGCUAAAAGUUGUAAAGAAACUUGAUAUAUUUUGUAGAGUCGAGCUGAGCCAACAGAAAACCAAAUUAAAUUAGAAGCUAUGUGGGCUAAUUAUUUUAUUAUAAAAAAUAUUGUGUACAUUUUGUAAAUUAAAUUUAAAAAAAAAAAUAUUUGAAUAAGAUAAAUAUAGGUACCAUCCUACUAGUAAAUAGAUUUUAGUUUACUGUAAACUCAGCUCCAAAGGAUACGUUUUUUGUGCGUGAUUUAAUAAGCUUUAACGCGGUGUUUAGUUAUUAUAUUGUAUUAAAAAAGAAAGUAAUAUUGUGCUCAUUGGUAACUCUAAUGUUGAUUUCAGGCUAGCUAAUUAGAUUUAUACAAUACUUGGCAUUAUAAAAAAAAUUAUUGCAAACGCCUGAUUUAGCAUUUUUAUUUUCCAUUUUUAACCUAAAAGUUGUGUUCAAAAAUUGAGAUAGAAGACCCUUUAAUAAGAUAGUAUUAAAUUGAAUUUUGAAAGCAAAGAGAAUGCAUGAGAUUUGAUGCCUGCCUGAAAUUGAUGUUAUGUCAGAUUAUCUUUGUCAUAAAAUCAUGAAACAUGCAUUAGUGCCAUUUGUAAUGUAAUCAUAUGUAUGUUUUAUAUAUAUAUAUAUAUAUAGUUUGUUUUAUCAUAACAUCUCCCUUUAAUUCUAUCGUUUUCCCUAUCCUUUAUUUCAUUUCUUUUUGUUUAUAGUUUUCUCUUUUUUGUGCUUUUUAAAGAUAUAAGAGCUAAUAAAGGUAUCUUUCAUUGUCAGUAAUAAAUUUCUGAAAUACUUU